AUGAUGAUGAAUCUACUUUCCAAACCAUUUGCUACCGUCUUUGUGACCACCUUUCUUCUUCUUUUGGCUUCAUCUUCCUGCUGCCAAGCACUCACCUCGUCACCCACGGCAAACCGAAUAUCUUCCAUCAUGCCUCUUUAUUCCGCUGCUUCUGCUGCUGCUGCCACAACGCUUGCACCUGAAGCUCCCUCCGUUACCAAGGUAACAAGAACAUCAACAACAGCUCCUACCGUGACACCAGACAAAGUGAAUGAUAAGUCUGCAGAACAAAGCGAUUUCAAAGGCGACGGCAGCCUGUGGGAGAUUCGAAUUUUGGACAAUGACCAUCACUUUGAUUACCAAGUGGCGGAAAUCCUCGUCAAGGUCGCCGAGUUGAGCGAACUUCAAGCCUUUCGAGCCAUGCGAACGGCGGAAAAGCAAGGGAGUUGCAGCAUUGGCGAAUACGAUUAUGAAAUGGCCGAACAUUACACGCAUGCCUUGUUGGACCAUCAAUUGGGUUGCGAAAUGAAUCCACUUGGAUUCAUGUAA